AUGGAUGGAACUCUUCUCAAUACUGAAGAUAUAUAUACUGAGGCAUCAACUGAAUUAUUAGCAUUAUAUGGUAAAGGACCUAUGACAUGGGAUGUUAAAAUUAAGCUACAAGGUAGACCAGGAUUAGAAGCAACUAGAAUUAUGAUUGAAGAAUAUGAUUUACCAUUAACACCAGAAGAAUUUGCAAUACAAGCAAUGAAAAUACAAGAAGAUAAAUGGCAAUAUCUGAAAUUUUUACCAGGAGCAAUAGAUUUACUAGAAUAUCUUCAUACAACUAAAAUACCAAUCGCGUUAGGUACUUCAUCAAAUACUAUAAAUUUCCAUAGGAAAACUAAACAUUUACAACAUGGUUUUAAGUAUUUUCAAGGUCAUAUAGUUACAGGAGAUGAUGAAAGAAUCCCCAGAGGUAAAGGGAAACCACAUCCAGAUAUAUGGUUUGCAUGUUUAGCUAGUAUUAAUAAAGAGAGGUUGACCAAAGGAUUAGAUGAGAUUAAAAUAGAAGAAUGCUUAAUAUUUGAAGAUGGAAUACCGGGAGUUCAGUCAGGUAUCAAAGCCAAUGCAACAGUUAUCUGGAUACCUGACCCUCAAGCAUUAAAAGUAUUACAAGGUAAAGAAGUAGAGAUAAUUGGUGAAUCUGGUGAAAUUAUUGAAAGUUUGUUAGUGUUUGAUAAACAUAAAUAUUUAUUUAUAGAUUAG